AUGUUAGAAGCCUGGGAUCUGAGGCGAAAUGGUCGACAUUUCUCAAGUGAUUAUUGCGUUGCUAUUGCAGAAGAUCUACACAUGCCAGGACGACGUGAGCGUGGAAGGAGGCGGCGGGUGCGGCUCCCCGCGCGCAUGCGCAGGGAUCAAGCCUUCUCGUCCAAGUGCGCUAUGAGACACAUCCUGGUCCUGAUGGGCUUCCUGGGCAUCGUCAACAUCUACAUGCUUCAGCUGAACCUCCUGGUGGCGCUGCCGGUGAUGGUCAACCACACGGCGCUCGACGGGCAGGAUUACGGCUCGAGUAUGGGCUACCAGCCUGUGCUGAAGGAGCCGUCUAUGGGUCGCGGGAGUGAGCCCACCAACGGCUCAGCCUCCGACGACAGCGCGAGGCCCCCGGCCGGAACGUAUGGCGAGGCUGCCAUUGAUGACCUGUUAGACGAUAUAAAUGAGACGACAGUUUCCGCCUCCCACGCUGUUCGGGGCGACGAGGCGAUCACCGUCGUCCCUCUCGACACGGACACGCUUAACCCCUCGAGUGAGCCGUUCGCCAGAACCACAGUGCUCGCUGAUGAUUCUAUAGAUUCCAUUAUAGAUGUUAUGCCAAGCGACUUCGCUUCAACAAUUCCUUCUCUGACUACAAGUGAGCAGAAAGAACCUCGUAUGAGGAAGUUUGACGAGCCCGAAGAGGACGUUACCGAGAGUGACAGUGCUUUCGUCACGACAAUAGAAGACGAUGUUUUGCCUUCGCUAAAAGAUCUUCCUUCGACUUCUCCUGAUGGCUUUACCCUGAGGCCUCUCAGUGACGUAAUAACUCCACCUGCACUACACUCCCUUGUCAAAUACCGAAGCAAAGACAACUUCAUCAACUCCAAUCAUCAAAUCUACAACCCAAUCUCAAACUCUACAACUCCAGCCCCUACUGAGUCUACCAGUGUCACCCAAAACUCUUUUGUCCCAACCAGCGCUGCUAUAGUAACUGCUUCCCUACUCGAUGCAACUUCCACAGUCAGCACUCAGUCUACGAGCCCGCAGUCCAUCAAUGCGCCAGUUACAGUUCCUGCCAAUGAUAUUUCAACCAAUUCCCCCACAACCAAAACCUCAACAACCUCUCAGCUCCCAACAACACAGAUAAAUGCAAGAACUUCAACUGUACUUUCAAAGACGCCCCAGUCCACUACAGCUGAACCGAGUGAUACAACACCAUUCAGCAUUCCUCCUCAGACUACUGCACGUCAAAUGGAUACAACAACUCCAUCUGGAAUUUCUUCAGAGACGCCCAAGACUCCUUCAACAGCUCAAAGUCACAUCAAUACGUCACCAAGCAUUCCUUCUUCGGCAACAACUACAACCGAGAGUGCAACUACAACUUCAUCCAAUACUCCUUCCACUGCUCCAGUUCCCUUAGAGUCUCCUCAAACAACACUACCAUCGCUCUCUUUGGAGUCUCAGCAGACGACUACGACUCAGAGGAGUACUCAAAGUAACACUCCACCUCAGACUAGUUCGGGAACGACUCCCACAACACUAAGUAACCCAGUCACGCCCCAGGUGUCUUCAUCUACUUCGGCCACGACCUUUGAAGACGCGACCACCUCGUCUCCGUCACCGGAUGCGAAGGAAAUAAGCAAGAGAUCGGUCGACGACAAGCACCUCCUCUCCGAGAACAACAGCGACGAAACCCUUCCGGAUAUUUGUACCGACAUCGAGCACUGCCAGCCGGGCAAAGUGCGCGACGAGCCCUCGAAGAAGAAGGCGCCCGAAGAAACGCCGGCGACGCUGAUUCACGAAGAACCUCUGACUCAAGAAGAACCCACGACUCAAAGAGGACCUCUGGAGGGCAUCCAGAACGUCACGGCGGAAGCGGGCGACGGCAACUUCACCUUCACCGACGGCAAUCUCACCCUCGCCGACGGCAACUUCUCCCUUGACGACAACUUUACCCUUGCCGAUAGCAACUUAACUCUCGUCGACAGUAAUUUCACUCUCGCCGACGACAACACCACCUUCGCCGAUGGCAACUUCACCCUCGCCAACGGCAACUUCACCUUAGGCGACGACAACUUCACCCUUGCCGACGGCUUCCACUUUGGCCUUGGCGUCGGCAGCCUCUUCAACGUGACCUCGCACGAGGACGACCACAGCUACGAGUGGAUGCUCUCCGAGGAAUGGGACGGCGACAACAACCGAACACAUACCAACUACACCGACAGCAGCUCCUCAUCCUCCAGCUCUUCGUCCUCCAGCUCCUCGAGCGAGUCCUCGGAGAGUCUCGAAGGAGAUUCGUCGUCGUCGAGCGAGGAGGACAGCGACGAGAGUGACGAGGACUCGAGUGUUCGACGCGGCGCUCAACGGCAGCGGACCUGGAUGACCGACGAGGACGGCCGCUGGUACAGAUUCCGUCAUCGCAACGAGUCCGAGGAGAGCGACGAGGACGAGUCCCUGGAGGAGGACGAUGACGAUGAUGAGGACGACGACGAUGAAGAUGACGAUGAUGAAGAUGAAGACGAUGAGGAUGAGGACGAAGAUGAAGAGGAUGGCGAGGAGGAAGACGAAGAAGAGGAAGAUGAGGAGAAGGACAAAGAGAAUUCGAACGGAGAGAUCAUGUUGGCCGGCCAGAGGUUCCCGUCGACCGUCUGCUUCGAAGCCAGAAUGUGGAUCGCGCCAGCUUGGUGGAGGUAA